UCUGCCAUGUCUCCUUUAACUCACAGAUGGACAGUUCCCACUGUAGCCUAUUAUAUACAAACCUUUUAUUUCAUAUUUCCCCUUAUAUUUUGACAGUUGUCAAACUACUGUCUAAAAUAAAAACAAAACGCUUAGCCUACUGCAAUGAUGUCCGCUAUUAGUUAUUUAAAAUAAAUUAAUAUGACCACGUUCUUAACCCCAAAUAGACAUGGUUACAGUGUUCGGUUCUCUCCCUUCAACCCGGACCGUCUGGUGGUAGCAACCAGUCAGUAUUUUGGACUUGCCGGCGGCGGCACCCUCUUCAUUCUCGACAUAAAAGACAACAAACUAGUCCACAAUCAAAGUUACGAAUGGACAGACGGAUUAUUCGACGUGGUAUGGUCGGAAACGAAUGCCAGUCAUGUUGUCAGUGCUUCCGGUGAUGGGGCCCUGCAACUGUGGAACAUAGACACCCCUAAUGUGCCACCAGUCACAUUCUGGGAGCACAAAAAGGAGGUCUACUCAGUUGACUGGACUAGAACCAGACAGGAACAAUUGUUUUUGAGUGCCUCUUGGGAUAAGACCAUUAAAUUAUGGGAUCCUAUAAGACAGACAUCUUUAAGUACAUUCAUAGGUCACACAGAACUGGUUUACAACGCAAUGUUCUCACCACACAUUCCGAACUGUUUCUCCUCCGUGUCGGGGGAUGGUACCCUAAAGCUGUGGAACACCUUGACAUCGCCGUCACCGUCGGUGUCGUUCCGUGUACACGACGCCGAAGUCCUGAGCUGUGAUUGGUGUAAAUACGACGAAAACUUGUUAGCAACCAGUGGUAGUGAUGGUUUAAUCCGCGGCUGGGACAUACGUAAUUAUUUACAGCCCCUGUUCCAAUUCAAGGGCGGCGAAUACGCCGUGAGACGCGUGCAAUUCUCGCCCCACAGUGUUAGUGUGCUGGCUUCAGUCAGUUAUGAUUUCAAUACGAAAAUUUGGGACUUCAAGCAAAGCAAUGAGGCUGUGGAUGUGAUAAAGCAUCACUCGGAAUUCGUGUAUGGAUUGGACUGGAACACGCAUAGGAAAGGUCAGUUGGCUGAUUGUGGAUGGGACAGUUUAGUUCAUGUUUUUACUCCCCAGUCACUGAAUAAUGGUUGAUGUUAUUAUUGUAAAAUAUAUGUUUAAUUAUUGUAUUAUAAGAUACUAAUAAAUACUCAUAAGUGAA